UGAAAGGCCGGAGACCAAUGGACGGAAACCAAUAACUCAGAAUUAUAAUUUACGAAAUUUGUACACAAAAAUUAAACUUCUUUACUUUUUUCGCGUUUUGUGCUCCUGUCAUUACUGUAUAAAUUAAAGCCAAAGUGACAUUUGGUAAGAUUAUGACUUCUGAGAAUCUGCGCAACGUGGAGUUGGAAGAUGAUGUAUGGAACGAGGCCGACUACCCGCCGCCAUACUCAGCCACCACUGUGAAGAAUGAGGAAGACAGAGAAAUUGGGUUCCGAAGGGAAUACUUGUUCUCUGUGGAGGGUGCACUGAAAUGCAUCGAGAUUGUGCUGAGCCUGAUAGCAUUUGUUGCUGUGAUGGCAGGUGGCUGGUCGGGGUCAGGGUUUGUUGCCUGGACAACCAUCUCUGCCUUCAUAACCACAACCAUCAUCUUUUUCAUAGUUGGCUUCAACAUUUACACCCGAUUCCCUUUCUUUUGGGUUCUAUAUGAGUUGAUCUACUGUAUCUUGUAUGCUUUGAAGUACUUCAUUUCUGCAAUUAUAGCAGGAGUUGGUGCCUCCCUGAUGCCCAGCAUUGUGGCAGUCUGUGCAUUUUGUGCGGCUGGUUUUUUCGUGUACCUUCUUGACGCGAUGUUGAUCUACAGAAAGGUGAAGGCAAUACGCGAGGAGGAGCGCCGGAAACGUGAAGCUGGGGAGCAUGUUGCAAACAGACGCUCCGACAACUCAUUCUGUAUCAUCUUCUGAGCAUCAGGUUUAAAUUGUAUAAAACUGGAGAACUUAUCCAAAGGAUAUCUUUUUGUUAUUUUGUAUAUGCAAGCAAUUGAAUUGGUCAUAGCUUAAGUCAUUAUAGGAUAAAUAAACAUUUACACCGACUUGAACCUAAUUAAAGAAUUAAUCAGUUUUAUACAGUUGACUGCAGGGGUUUAGGUAUUUUUGGGAGCAUUGCUCGUGUCAUGUAUGAACUUUGUCAAGAUCUGUUUGAUGUUGGUAAUGGUAUUUAGUUCAUAUAAAGAACAUUUUUUGAACACAUUCAGUGUUUUGUAUAAGUUUUGUUUUGUUAUAUAUACAAGAACGUGCCAUUAUCGUUUUACCAAAAAUAUGUUUGACAUAAAAGAAAUGUUUCUUCCAACAUUGCAAAAUUGAAGAGAUUUUGGAGGAAAAACCAUUUUUCACUUUCAUUUCCACUAUGCAGCAAUCUCGAGUUAAGCUGAUCUGAGCCAACAAUUUAAAUUGUUAUAAAGGCUGGUUAACUUUGUUUCAGAAUUUACUGUUUAAUUUAUGGCCAUAUAUGCAGCUGAUUAUAUAUAUGAUGUAAAUUCGCAUGGCAUAAAAUCAGAUAGCUUGAAAAGCAUUUUUUACAGUUACACCAUGAAAUUCUAUGCAGUGGAGAAACAGCUGCUAAACAUGGUCAAAAAAAUUAUUGAUAUUAAUCAUCUAAGAAGCAUCAUUAUUUCAAAACCUUUGAAUAUGACAAACAUUGCUGAAAUUUUAUUGAAUGAUCUGAAGCAAGUUUUAUGUAAUUCAUAAUUUUCCAAUAUCUGUAGUAAGUAUAUAUAUGUUCCUUGCAUGCAGAUAGUAAGUAUACUGCUAACCUGGCUGCUGAGUAAUUACAUAGAUAAACCAUGUACAGUGUAUGUGCCAAUUGUAUAUUUUGUAUUGUAUUGUAUACUGAUAUCUUAUGCUUAAAACAUAAAUCAGUGGUCGAAUAUUUCGCAAUUCUUGUAACGUUUUAUUAUGGUUGUCUUAUAUUACCCUAUCAAUUUUUGAAACACAUGCAUACGUUAAUUUUAGCAUGUCAUAUUUACAUUGAUCUUAAAUUAUGACACAGAAAGAAUUAUAAAGGAACAUGUCCACAGAUUUUAUAUGAGGGGGGGGCAUAUAGUAAUCUGUCCAUCUGUCAGUAACUCUGUCUGUCCUUCUGUCCCCAUGUUUUCUGAUCAAUAACUUGCAAAUGCUUAGGCCUAUGGUCAUCAAACUUGGUAGGUCAUGACCAGCUGAUGAAUCCUAUUGAUUUUGAAGUUGGUGUUUCAAAGCUCAAGGUUGUUGUUAUAUUAAUAACCAGAAAAUCUGUUUCCAACCAAUAAUUGAAGUAUGCUGGUGACAAGGGUCCUCAAACUUGGUAGGUAUGUUGGUGAUUACCAGUAAAUGAACCCUUAUGAUUUUGAGGUUAAGUGGGAUAAAUGUCAAGGUCAUGGUGACCUUAAGCUGAAAAUCUGUUUCUGAUCAAUAUGGUAAAACAUCUUUGGCCAAGGGAUUUCAAACUUGUUAGGAAGGUUUGUCAUGACCAGCAGAUAAACACUAUUUAUUUUAAGGUCAAAGGUCAAGGUUGUGGUGACUUUGAGCUAAAAAUCUGUUUCAGGUCAAUAACAGAAGAACACUUGGUCCCUGGUAUGUCAACCUUGAUAGGUGGGAUGGUCAUGACCAGUAGAUGAACCUAUUGAUUUUGAAGUUAGUGGAUAAAAGGUUAAUAAUAACUGAUGAACACUUGGGCUUAAGAACCCUAUACUUGGUAGGCAGUUUAUACACUACCAGUGGACGACCCCUUUUUAAUAAUGGGUACCAAUUAAUACAGUUAACAUGAUAAAGCCCUUUACCUAUCAUUCACUUUAAAACUUAUCAGGCUAAUUAUUUUGUUUCUUCAUUCUCUUAAACAUAGAAGUGAAAUGUUUUCAUACCUUAUUUUCUACUGAUUUUUGUUUUUCUAACAUCAUAUUACUUACGUUUAUUAGCAAACACCGAACAACAGCUGGCAGAUACUUAUUUGAACAGAUUAUUUUUUUACCGAAAAAUCAUUUAAGUUUUCAAUAAUUAUUCCUAACUUUUUAGAUGGAUAUAGCAUUCUUAAAAUGUUACAUGUUUAAAGAAGUGUUAACAAUAGAGGUCUUAUCUGAACUUGUGAUGCUGUUUUAUCAUAGCAACAAUUGUUUUGGUCACAUUCCACAUGGGUUUUUCAUUACUUGACCCUAUAAAAGGUGAACAAGGAGUCCACUGAAGUCCCCAUAAGUCCAUUAAAUAGAGCACAAAUCUCACUGUCAAUCCACUUGUUAUUGUUAAAUGUGCAAUUCUACUAAUACACAAGGGUACACUGAUAUGUAUUAUGUCAACUAGACUCUAAUGAUAUGUAUUAUGUCAACAAGACUCCUAUCAAUACAUUCAAAACCGUAUUACUAUACAUUGUAAUAUGUAAACUAUAUACACUUACAAUAAGUUGAUAUCAUAUUUUUUUGGAAUAUUUACAAGCAAGACAUUCCUGUAGCACCUAGUGAUUUAAUAACAAUGAGAAUGUGAGUUAGGUGUAAAUUGUGUGUAAUUGUGUGUAUAUACGUGUAUUGUUUGAACUUGAAAUCCUUGAGCCAAGCAGAGUUCAGGCAUUUAGAUGCCACUGAAGGGUAGCAUGUAGUAAUUGCGCCGUCUGUGUGUCCAUCUACCUGUUUCAUUCUUGUCUCAAUAACAACUUAAUUACUAAUUGGAUUUCAUUUUAACUUCAUAUAAUUGCAUAAGGUCAAUGUCACACUUGGUGGUCAAAGUUAUACAAUAUUGGUUUUAUAUCAAUAAUUCUUGUUUGAGCCAUAACUUUUUAACUAUUACUCGAACAAUAAAGUCACAACUUGGAGGUCAAUGUUAAACCAUAUUUACUUCACAGCUAGGCCUUUUUGGCCUGAUAUUAUAAUUAUUAUUAUUAAUGGGAAUUCAAUUAAAUAGAACAGAAUAGUAACCCUCAAUUGGAAGGUGAAGCACACGUCAUUUGAUGAUUUGGGAUAACAUUUCAAAAUUCAAUGUCAAAUUUGGAGCAAAGUAUUGAUUUUAUGCCUCAAAAGGAGAAAAUGUUAAAAUCCUACUGUCCGUCAGCCUGUGCAUCUGUUCAGUUUUCUGUAUAUGGGCUGUAACUUGGUCAUGCGAGCGAUGGAUUUUAAAAUAACUCUGCAAAUUAUGUACAUAAAGUCAAGGUGCCAUGUGCAAAACCCAUGGCCCUGCUUCACACUUACAGGUGCUGUAUAUAAUUAUGUACAUACAGUAUAGCUGGUCAUGUCAGGGCUGAAACUGUCAAGCUGUAAGGGGUUUUAAAAUGUCUUGACACAUGUCUUUUGAACAUGAGGACAAUGUGUCCCAUGUAACACUCCUUACUUCUUCACUCCCCCACACUUGAGGUCAACCAUCGUGGGGUCUGACAUAUGCAUAUCCUCCUGUAUGUAAGAAUAUAAGUUAUUGCAUAAUCCAUUCAGGGGCGUUUGUCACUCACUGUGAUAAUUUUUUUCUACUUUUUUAUGAUCACUUUAUUUAGGACUGGAUGUCAUGUACAUACUAUUUUGGUUAAUUGUAUUAUUAGAAUGGUUUGUAAUUACAUCUUAAUUUGCAACAUUAUAAAUACACCUAGGUUUUAUUCAUAAUUAAGUUUGUGCUUGUCAAGUGCAAUUUCUGUUGUAUUAUAAGAUGUUAUGAGUUAUUACAUUUCUAAUUGUUACAUGCAAAUGGAUCUGAAUCUCAUUGAAGAAGGCAAAGGUUUGACUGAGAGUUGUUAUAGAGUGUCUUUUGGUUUAUGCAAUGCUCCAACUACCAUUUCAUUGAUUUAUGGCAGUUUUGUCUCAUUCUUAAAGUCAAUUGGCUAUCAAUCUGACAAGUAUUUUUCUUCUUUUUGUGGUUAUUAUAUUCUACCAGAAACUUGUCACUUGAUUUUCAUGAGAAUUACAGAUUUUUCUUAUUUUUGUUAUUUGGUUGUGCAUACACAUUUAAAUAUAAGAUUUGUAUUUUUAUAUUCUAUUUUUUGUGUACGGUAUAUUAGGACAGUUUUUUAUUGUUUAUAAAGUGUGUUUUUUUGUACUGACUGAACAAUUAUGUAUAUGCAUAUUACAUAGACUAUGUAAUUUUGUGGAAGCACUGUGUAAAUGUGCCUUUUCUGUUUUUUACGCAGUAAAUCCGUUCAGGGAGGCCAUAACAUUUAAUGAUAUUGUCGUCCUAGUGCAAGAAAGCACUAAGUGGAACUAUAUAUAGGAAUCACUAAAUUGUUUUUCUAAAGUGAGUGAUUGUAAGUGCUGCAAAACAACCAUGUCAUGGCUUUUUGUGAGCCAUGAAGCCAAACAUAAAUGCUGCUUCAAAUCAUGUUCUUAAUCAUUUGUUUAUAUUUUCAUUUGUACAUACUAGUUUUUCAUAAAAUUAGCCUGUUUGAAGCAGACAUUAACAGAAGGUAAUCAUUUGUUAAGGGCCUGCUUAAUUAUUUAAGCCUACAGAAAAAAUGAAUGUUUAUUGUGUAUGAAGUAUGGUUAUGACAUCAUUGUUUAUUUUAUUACUGCACUUUUAUAGCUUCUAGUGAAACAUCAGUUACCUGAAAUGUAAUAGUUACAGCACCCACAGCCCAAGUUAUUGAAGGUAUACACAAUAAGUGCCAAGCACAAGAUAUUUAUGAAUUUAAAAUCAUGACUGUUUGGUGUAGUUAUUGUCAAGCUUGAUACCGCGCAAUACACAUGUAGAUAUUGUGCAUGUAUUGAAAUAUCUAGUUAUUUAUCCGCAUGGUACUUAUUGCAUAGUAGAAACUCUGCCUACUGGUCACUGUUCUGAUAUGUAAAUUAUGAACAACAAAAACGGAAUCACAAAAACACUCCCAAUAUGGUACAGAUAUCCGACUUCAAAAAGUAUAUUACAUCCGUCAUUUAAUUUGAAAAACAGUAAUAUUAAAAUACAAGUAAUUGAGAAAGAAUUGAGAAGUGUUGUAUUUAAUAAUUCAUUGAUGUAGAAGCUUGCAUGAAAGUGUACAUACUGCAUGAACUCACGGAAAAUAGGUAGCGCUGCCUAAUGCCAAACAGGACAUAGACAGACUGUAUUUCUUGGAUUGUUAAAAAUGUUACACCAUGUGUAAAUAAUGAUAUUAAGCAUUUUAUGUUAUGUGUUUUUGUUUUGAUGAAAUAUCCAUUGCCAGAAUAUUUAGUGAUUAUUGUUGUAUAGAAAUAUGUGUGCAUUUACAAGAAUAUUUAGUCAAAUAUUGUUAAAUAGAAUAGAAAAUAGUUAUAGAUAUACUUAUGCACUUGCAAGAAUAUAAAGUCAUAAUUGUUAAAUAUUUAUGAAAUGGAAAUAAAACAUACAUACUCAAUGUCUUUGA